AGUUCAGCUUUAUCACCAAAUGGCUAAUGCAUUCAUUUUCUUCUUACUCUUGAUAUUCUCUUCCAAUAUCAUAUUUGAAAACAUUCAUGCUUGCAACCAAACCGAACGCAGCUCUCUGUUGUUCUUAGCUCUCACUUUGUCUUCUCCUAAGUUGAAUUGGACUUCCGCUGAUUGUUGCAAUUGGGAAGGCAUUACUUGUAAUCGAGAUGGUUGGGUCACCCAUUUGCAGUUACCCUCCAAAGGGCUCAAACUAAAAGGAGGUAUUUUCCCCUCAUCAUCACUUGCAAAUCUCACACAUCUUACUCACUUGAAUCUCUCCCACAAUUCACUCUCUGGUUCUCUAGAUCAAACUGAAUUCUUCUUGUCCUUGAAUGAUCUCGAAAUCCUAGAUUUGAGCUAUAACCUUCUUUUUGGAGUGUUACCAUCUUCUCUACCAUCCAGUCAUAUUCGGAUGGUGGAUCUUUCCAACAAUCGUUUACAUGGUGCAGUUUCAUCUUCUUUUUUCCAACAAGCUUGGAAUUUGACUAGUUUUAAUGUCAGUAACAACACCUUUUCCGGUCCUAUCCCAUCCUCCAUUUGUCGUCCUUCUUCUUCCUCGUUACGACACCUUGAUUUUUCCUUCAAUAAGUUCAAUGGUAGUAUAUCUUCUGGAUUGGGGAAGUGUUCCAAACUGCAGGUCUUCCGUGCUGGUUACAAUUACCUGUCAGGAUCGCUUCCAGAAGAUAUCUUUAAUGCUACCACACUUGAAGAGAUUUCACUACUUCGGAAUUCAUUGUAUGGAGCAGUGAGUGAUAGAAUUUCCAACCUCACCAACCUUACAACCCUUGACCUCUCCUAUAACCAAUUGAGUGGUGUGCUCCCUCUCCAUCUUGGGAAGCUCUCCAAGUUGAAAUACAUUCUCCUUGAUUUCAACCAUCUGGAAGGUUCAUUCCCCCUAUCUCUGAUGAAUUGCACAAACCUUGUUGAACUACGUAUGGGAGCCAACAACUUCGGAGGUAAUAUCUCCAUGCUCAAUUUUUCCAAACUUAGCCAACUUAGUAAACUCGACUUGCGACAAAAUAACUUCUUUGGUAUCUUGCCGAGAAGCCUCUACUCGUGCAAGUUCUUGAAAGCAAUUCGAGUGGCCUACAAUAAUCUAGAGGUUCAAAUAGAGCCUGAAAUUCUUUCAUUGAAAUCCCUGUCCUUCCUCUCACUUGGUAUGAAUAAACGUUUGACAAAUAUCAAAGAGGCAAUGAGGAUAUUGAUGGGUUGCAAACGCCUUGCAGUCCUAUCAUUACAAUCCAGUUUUUUAGAAUCACUGGCUCAAUUCCAAGUUGGCUGGGGACUCUUCCAAGCUUGUAUUUCUUAAACAUGCAAUUCAACCAACUUUCUGGAGAAUUUCCAAAG